AAUCAAAAACAAAAAUAUAUAGCUUUAUUAAUAAAUUUCUCGUGUUUCAUAGGAUAUGUUGGUUACUACUCUACUAUCGCCACAUUUCUCUGGCUUUCGGUUAUAAACUACGAUUUAUGGAAAAGAUUUUACAUUUUUACCGUUAGUCGCAAGAGAAGAUUUUUUAAGUACAAUAUAUUCGUUUGGAGUCUUUCAGCGGUACACCUUUUAAUAACAUAUUUAAUUGAUUUAGUAAUAAUUGAUUCGAAAUGGGCACCUAAGCUCGGAAUUGCAGCUUGUUGGAUUAACAGUAUGAUAUUUAUUCCAUUUUUGUCUUACUAUAUGCUUACUUUAAUAUAUUUCUUUUAUCAAUUAAAUAGCAACAGAUAUGUCGGCAAUAAUCUACUAUUAUGGUCCAAUUUUAAUUACCUUAACAUACAACACAACACUUUUGUUAUUACCGCCUAUAAAAUAUUCGUCCAAAAUAGGACAAAUAGGCUUCAGUUAACCAAAUCAGAAAGCCAACGAUGUCUAAGGAGUUUGACUAAUUUUAGCAUGUUUUUCCGUCUUUUUAUCAUUAUGGGCGUCAUCUGGAUUCUUGAUAUCAUAAAUUACAUUGCUCAAAUAUACCAAAUUAAAAUUCAGAUUUUUGAUGUGAUUACCUGUAGCCAAGGUGUCAUAUUAUUUGUAGCAACCAUUUUAAAGAAAGAUAUUCUCAAAUCAUUAGCUAAUCGAUUUGGAAUUGGAGUAAGAAUAACACAAAAUAUUUCAAAUUUCAUCCUUGCGCCAAUAAUGGAAAAAACUUGUUCACCAACAACUUUGGCUAAAGAAAACGAAAGACCCUAA